UACACACUUACGUCACCAGAAUAUAGAAUGUACACAAUAUCACCCCCCCUUCAUUCUUGUUUCCUUAUAAUUCACUUUUCCCCCUCAGAAACCCAACUAAAUAACAAAAAGAUUUAGAAAGAAGAAGAAAGAAAUGGCAGAGGAGUGCACUGAGAGCUCUGUUGCUACCUCUAAUUCAACUCCAUCAAACUGGUGGGAUAUUAAUCAUAAUCACAAUCACCAUCACCAUCACCAUCCUUCACUUUCUUAUAAUUCUCAUUGGCUUCUCCCAAACCCUAAUUCCAACUCCUCUUGUGAAGAAGAUGUUUCCAUCUCUACUUCUUCCUUUACCAACCACCUUCUUCCUCACCAUCCUUCUGAUAAUAACCACCUUUGGACUCAAGUCUUGCUGAACAUAGGAAAUGAUGUAGAAUUACAAAGCAACGAAGAAGACAUAGAAGGGAAUUUCCUAGAGACAAUAUCAUCAAGAUCAAGCAUGUCCACCACCGGAAUCUUCGAACCCACCGCAUGUAGCGAUUACCUUAAAAAAAUGGACACGUCAAACAACAAUAACAACAAUUGGGACGAUACUUUCCAAACCUUCAACACCAACACCAACAACAAUAACAGACUUCUUACGUCGUCCCAGGCUCACAUGCUCCAAAACGAAAGGUUCUUGAAGCUUUCAAAUCUCGUCAACAGGUGGUCCAUUGCCCUCCCGAGCCCAGACCCACAUCUACGACACUUGACCGAUGACCAACACGACCAUCUUCGAGCUACCACUGUACCAACUCAUGAAAUACUUGAGUCAGCUGAUGGCGUCGUUCCUCACCAAGGACUAGACCCAUGUGACUCGAGCUUCCUUAGGAGGACGCUUCAAAAUCAAAAUUACGGUGACUAUAUUUCUUUUAACGGACGGCUGGCUAAACCGAUGGUCGGUAUCAAUAGUUCGAGUAAUAAUCCUUGUUUUAAGUCAUCAUUGAAUUUGUCUGCUGAUAGUAAGAAACAGAUUCACCAAAUUUGUUCGCCGACAAGAAUUAGUGGAAGAGGAAGUGGAGGAGUUUCGAACGAAGGGAAGAAGAAAAGAUCCGAAGAAUCUUCAUCUGAAACUUCAACCAAAAAGGCUAAGCAAGAUAACUCAACACCUUAUUCCAAUAAGAUGCAACAACCAAAGGUCAAAAUUGGAGACAGGAUAACGGCCCUUCAGCAAAUUGUGUCGCCAUUUGGAAAGACUGAUACGGCGUCGGUUCUAACCGAAACCAUUGGAUACAUAAAGUUCCUACAAGAGCAAGUCCAGCUACUGAGCAAUCCUUACAUGAAGACCAAUUCCUAUAAGGAUCCAUGGCAAAGUUUGGAGAGAAAAGAAGGGAAAGGAGAUGGAAAAAUUGACCUAAGGAGCAGAGGUCUUUGUUUAGUUCCAAUUUCAUGUACUCCUCAAGUCUAUAGAGAGAACACAGGAUCCGACUACUGGACACCUUACAGAGGUUGUUUCUAUAGAUAGAUAUCAUAUUUAAAUUACAAUUUCAACUAAUUUUCAUAGGAACAAAUACCUACUUAUUUAUAGAUUAAACUAAACUCUACUUGUAUUUCUCUCACUUUUAUUUUCUUCUGUAUUUCUAAAUUUCAAUAAGUUGAAACCUACAGCAAAGUUAAGAGCACCAAUUACUUAUUCAUGCAAUAUUUUACACACUA